UUGGAAUCCCUGUGAUGUCACCAGUAUCGUUGUGACAACCAAUUCCCUACUUUUUCUCUUAGUGUCCAAAGGAUAUAUCCACAGGCAUGUUUGCCCGUCUUCUCAGGCGCUUUGGGAGAGUUGAUGUUGAUAGAGAAGAGUCUAGAGUGAAGCAAACGAAACCUAAAGCGGCCUGCAGACAGACAUCAUCCCCUGAAAAUGUCCUAAACAAGGUGCAGGCCAACGAGGAAGAGGAGAGGCUGAAUAGAGAACUGGAGCUAACUACCAAGGAGAGAAAUGAGCUGACAGAUCGCCUCCUUUAUGUGACAGGUGGAUCCAUGAGCAAGAGCCCCUACUUCAGGCCAAAUCCAUUUUAUGAAAACUUGAAGAUAAAGGCGAAAGAGGUCAUGUCAUUACUGCACAACUUAGACACAAAGAACAUUGAACAUCGUGAGAAAUUUAAGAAGCUCAAGCAGGAGAUUAACUUCUAUCGGUCUCAGGAACUGCAGGAGACAUGGCAUAGGACGGAUCCCAGGAAGACAGCCCCCUGAGGAAUGAGUUUCUCUCUCAGGAGUUCCCUGUGACGACAAUCCUCACAGUCAAAGACUUUUUGUGGGUGAAUAUUCUUCUUCUCAGAUUAUUUCCUCAAUGUAUAGAGACCCUCCAUUUAUGUAUCCGUAUGCCAGCCUGUCUGGUUGAGGUCUUUCUCCUUUCUCAUACCGACAACACCAUUUGAGAGACAUCUGAGGGGACUGCUUGACGUCUUGUCCUAGAGGAGAAACAGCACUACAACUGUGUUUCUAAAUGUUCAUUAAGAAAAUGCUGUUAAGAAAUGUUUUUGGUUAUGAUUUUCAUUGAAGUUUUCUUUUUGUUAUUUCAUAGUUAUAUAUUCUUGUUACUGUUUUUCAUUUUUAUACCAUUUUAGUUGUUCAUUUUAUGCCUGUUUUUUGUAAAUUGUAUUCCUUAUGAAUAAAAAUUGAUUUGUAA